AUGUCCCUAGGCACGAUCAAGAGACUUCCGGAUACACAAAAGUCGCCCAGAAGCAAUCUUCGUAUCACCGAGAUCAUCGCUCAGUUGGACGAGCGCCUGAAUCAUCUGAGGGAGUCCAUUCUUCCAAAACAACCCUACCUUCUCUCCAUUCCUUCGGACGUCCCUUACCGACAUAGUUCACGGUUUGUCAAUACCUGGUAUGAAGGGACGCCCUUCGAUCGCAAAGAAGAGCAGUUACAGUACAUGAGCUUUCUUCCUCACCUGGGUGAACACGAGUCUUUAUUGAAAGUGGAGGGUGGUUGGGCAGACGAGCAAGGGAAUCCAAUUGAAGAGGAACUUUCCCCCAAAACCGUCCCUGCAAGCGGGAACAAUACUCCUGCUGAAUUAGGACACCGAAAGAAGAUCAGUUUGAAGGAUUACACGACCAAAGGCAAAAGCCCGCCGGAUUCUAUUUCUCAUCCACGACCUACAGGCGCCAACUCAGACAACACAAAGCAGGAGACGAUAGAAUCUUCAACAGGGAAGAAGCCCCAGGAAGUAUUGUCUUCCAAGCAGAUGGACAACGUCCUGGAAACCGAUCAGAAGAUCCCUCGAUUGGAUGGCCAGAGUUCUCCAUUGCAUGGUCCGAUCGACAAAAACACAACCUCUCCAAAUCCAGCGAAGAGACGAAAGCUAUCGCCUCCUUUUGAAGAUCAAAAAUCAAUACCGAAUCCACCCAAGUCUGAAUCACAGUCGUCCAUCAUGAAAAUGCCGAGAUUAUUGUCACCAACACUUCCGUCGCCUGAAAAAGAGAGCGGCUUGCCGCAAAUAUUGUCACCAGUCUUACCGCCUUCGCUUGCGAGGGCGAUCUCAACGCCGCCAGGGCCGAUCUCGACUGGCAGCCCCGCCAAUGGACCACAUCAACGAACAGACCCUGUUCGCGCAAUCCUCGCUCGUGCCGAAAUUGACUAUGAUCAUUCAAAUGACAGGAAUGGACUGGCGUCUGGUGGGAGUCAAGUUCGAUCUGAUAGUCAGCACUCUGCCAGAUGUUCUGCCCCAGGAACACCAAACGCAGCCAAAGUAGGAUUGGGAGCCAAGGUUCUAUCAAAGACCGGCAUUAAAGCUGGGACCCCAUUGCACAAUGGUGCACGAGCCAGUCCUGGUCCACGACAGAGACACACAAUUAUCCUCAAGUAUGGCAAAAAGAACCGGAAGAGAGUUGAAGCACUGUUGAAAUUUGCACCGCGUCCCAGGAAGGACAUGGUCAAACAAGAGGCAAUCGACUCGCCGAACACGCCAGUUGUUCAGCCGAAGAAAGAAGCAAUCAAAUCAGAGCCCUCCGAUUCCCAUGGUACCGCCCAAGGCAAGCCGAAGGGUAUUGUUGUCAACAAUGAUAAAGUAGAAAGAAAGCGAAGAGCAGAAAAUAGCCCAGGCCCAUCGCUGAAGAAGAUGAAAGCUUCGAAUCUGGCAACUGAAAGUGAUAAGCGGCCCUCUACGCCCGUUCCUUCAGCUGGCAAGCCCUCUCUUACGCCUCAUCCAAGGUCAACAUUUUCGACCCCUAAGAAAGAUCUCAAAUCAACGGCAAUGAGACGUGUCGAGUCAUCAGAAGGAGUAGAUGCACCCACCCCCUCUGGAGAUAAGGGCCGGGUGUCCACACCGUCAACAGUUCCAAAACCAUCCCCCCAGCCUGCUCCCACAUCGACCACUCGAGAAGAAGAACGACAGCAGUGGACGGCCAUGAAUAACAAAUUCUUCACGUUGGGCCGCACGCUCAAGCACGAGGGGACGUCUAUGCUACCUUCCUCCUCUGAUGCAGAUGCCAAGUCUGGCCAAUCUGCCAAAGCGGUUUUACUACUGAUCGAAGCUUUGCUCUGUUUUAUGAUCAAUAUGUCCGCGCAAGCUCACGCCCGUCCAAGUGCCGAUCCCGGCUGGAGAUCGAUUAUUCUCUAUCACAUUUUCAUCUUUCGUGUAUCUAGGAGAUAUCCACAUCUGCACGGGCUCGUGGUUCAGCUGGGAGCAGUUUGUCGGCAACUGAUCCAUAAAUACGACAUGGACCGGUUAGCGCGAGACCCUUUACCGGACGAUUAUUGUAACUCUGCACCAACUCCGGGGAGCGAUGGGAACACGAAGACAAACGAAGAUGGGGAAAAGUACAAGAAGCGAUAUGUGGAGUUCAAGGAUGAUCUAAUUCACAAUGCGCGGGAGUUGCAGACCGCAUGGCUAGAUGGUUCACGCCAACUGUCUCCUGAUCUGUUGAAGCACGAGUACCCGACUACUUGGUCCAAGAGAGCGAAAGAUGCUAGUGUGAGACUGCAAGAAAAACCAUCGCCUUCGAGAAUUGCUAGAGACUUUUACCUACCGAUGGACUCCAACACCACUCCUUUCGAGGCCGCACGAUUCGGAGUGGCGUUUCUCGAGGAAUGGGCAGAGAAAGAGAAGGUUGAGUGGAAAACGAGGAUUGAUUUAUGA